AGACAAAAGAUCCCACAGGUGGGUGUUGCAAUACAUCAACAAAGACGAAGAGCGUAGAAUUCCUUGACACUACUAAAUUGUGGCACUGGUGGCCCUGUGACCUACCUGGACAGGUGGAUUUUUCAGCAUAUGCUAUUACAGCUGUUCCCUCUGCUGAAAAUGUUUCAAGACAUCAGGAAGAGGAUAAAGCAGAUUACCUCUGUAAAUGUGCAAACUGCACUUUUCAUAAUUCUCUCUCUCGUGUUCACAGAGAUGCCUGUUGGUUCUGAGAAACUUUUUCACAACCGAGACCAUUCAGAUAUUCAACUCCCACAUCUUCACCAGGCAGAUUCUAUUGUCUCAGAUGAGGAUGCACAGCAAUAUGUGAAAAAGUAUGGUUUCCAGGAACCUGUAGAUUGGGAAGCACAAGAAUAUGAAAAUGCCCCUCAACCAGAACAUGAAGAUCCAGCCCCAACGGAUAUCUCAAAGAUAAUUUCUGAAGGACUUUCUUUACAGGUGUCUAGAGAAUCUACCACUGAGUCAACGAGAAAGUCAUCAUUUGUUAAUGCUUUAAAACUUUUUCAGCAAACCAAUGGAUUACCGGUAACUGGAAUACUGGAUGACCUUACCAAAGAAGCAAUGGAGCAACCCCGAUGUGGUGUUCCUGACAAAAUUAAAGAUUUCACUGAUAAUGACUUUUCUGAUGGCAUAUUAAUUAAAAAUUACAGCAGUGGUCCUGGUAAAAACCAAACAGCAUCUUCUGUAGAUGCAUCACAUGCAAGGCGAAAACAUUUCCUCAGUAGAUUGAUAGAGCAUACUAGAAGUAAACGUGAGAAUCUGGACAUCCUUGGCAGAACCAAUGGAGCUGUUUUCACAAAGAAGACACUCAGAUGGAGACUCAUGGGAGAAGGAUAUAGCAUACAACUAAGUAUUGAACAGCAGAGGUAUAUUCUGAGAAUGGCUUUCAGGAUAUGGAGUGAGGUGACACCGCUUUUAUUCGAAGAAGAUCUGACAGGAGCAACUGAUACAGACAUCAAACUUGGCUUUGGCACAGGUAGACAUCUGGGAUGUUCCCAGUUCUUUGAUGGAACAGGACAAGAGUUUGCACAUGCCUGGUUCCUGGGCGACAUACAUUUUGAUGAUGAUGAGCAUUUUGUAGGACUUAACAAUGAUGAAGGCAUCAGUCUAUUAAAGGUUGCUGUACAUGAAAUUGGCCAUGUCCUUGGACUACCACAUGUUUACCGUACUGGAUCUGUGAUGCAGCCAAACUAUAUUCCUCAAGUUACAGAAACAGAACUAGACUGGCUGGACAGAAAAGCAAUACAGGAGCUAUAUGGUGUUUGUGAAGGUGCAUUUAGUACAGUGUUUGACUGGGUUCGCAAGGACAGGAUAUCUUCUGGAGAUAUUGUCUAUCGGUUCAACACCUAUUUCUUCAGAGCAAACUGGUACUGGAUGUAUGAAAACAGAAGGAACCGAACCCGUUAUGGGGAUCCCAUCCUAAUCAGUACUGGCUGGCGUGGAAUACCCAGCUCAGACAUUGAUGGCUGUGUCCAUAUAUGGACCUGGAAUAAAGAUGCCCAAUACUUUUUUAAAGGUACACAAUACUGGCAGUAUAACCCAGAUAAUGACAGAGCCGACACAGAAGACCAACAAGGCAAGAGAUUCCCACGACUGAUCACUGAUGGAUUUCCUGGUGUUCCAAGUCCAAUUGAUACUGCAUUUUAUGACAGAAGGGAUCACAAUAUUUACUUUUUCAAGGGUAACAAUGUUACUGCAUUUAAUGUCGACCAAAACCAGAAGGUCAAUGGAUACCCUAAAAGAAUCAUUGAUGUUUUCCCACCUGUAAUUCCACAUGACCAUCCAGUUGGCAACUUGGACACGGUGUAUUUCUCUUAUACCUACCAGUCUGUUUUCUUCUUUAAGGAUAAGUAUUCUUGGAAGUUAGUAAUGGAUCAGUCCAAUCCAUCUCUGCCUUAUAACAGCUUGCUACCUCGGAAAAAUAUAGCAGACACGUGGUUUGACAUAUGUGAUGUACAUCCAUCGAUGCUUUCCUUGCCAAGCAGCUAACAACAAGCUACACUGUUAAGAACUGCACACUCAUACACUAUCAUUUGAUAAUAUUUCAGUGUAUAAAAUGUAUUAUCAUGACAUGCAUACUACUGUAUGUAUUUUACAUAGUUAAUGUUUUCAUACUGUUUAAUUAUUCUAAUGUGCUGAAACUGAUUCUUGUCUGAUACAAAUAAUAUACAACUUUGCAUUGACAUGGUGGGCAAUAAUGACCUAAAGAAGAUGAACUGUUGCAAAGUUAUUAGGUGAAAUGCACUGCAUAUCCCUUUAUUUGUUUUCUUUAAAAAAAAAACGCUCUGUGCAAAAUACACUUUUAUUGAGUAUGAACCAGUUUCAUAAACUGGGAACACAUUUCAAGGUCUGAAUUUAAAACAUGAGAUUCUAAGUUGAUUACUUCAGUCAGUUGUAUCUUUAGUCUUUAACAAUCCAAAGGUUCAUUUUAUUUUCAUUAGAAAAGCAAAAACUGGGAAUAUCAUGCAUACUUAUUAAAAAAUAUCUACUAAACAUUUAGAUUUUAGAAGGCAAAUAAAGCAUCGAGAUUGCCAUACUGACGUUAAAAAUAUGCAGUUGUAAGAAGUUUCAGUGGUGUAGACAGAACAAAGCAGAAACCAAUUUUUGCAUGCUUGCUGUGCCAAGCAGGGGCGGCUCGUGCUAUAGGACUGCAGGACUGCAGCCCUCCCACCUAAAAAACAAAUAAAAAAUAGAACAGAGAAAUACAAAAUCGAUUCCUGGAAGUGUACGCAUGUGCACACGCUCUCAGACUGCUUUCUCAGCAGUCUAGAUAGGGGGAAAGGCAUCUCAGCCCCAAGAUGCCCAGUAGUCUGUGUGGCGAUGACAUCACAAAAUGGAGGCACUCCGGACUGCAGCAGUCGCAGGCAGGACCAAUCGUGGAUUUGGACUUCAAGGAAUACUUUGGGAUGGACCAAUCGCGCAAGGAAUACUGGAAAAGGGGCUGUUCAGAUAUCGGCAGAAACAGAGCAGUUAUUUAGCUCAUCGGUGGGGCUGGGGCUGUUUGGAUAUCCGCAACAAGGUAUGU